AUGUCAUCAUUUUUAACUAAUAACGAUUAUUUAAUUAUAUCUCGUUUUCUAUCAUUUUUUUCAACAUCUUAUGGAUCAAAUGCUCGUUUAAAAUUAAUUCAAACACUUGAUAAUUCAAUGAGUAUUUGUACAUCAAUAAGUAGUCGUAUUCAACAUCAAUUAAAAUGUCGACAUCUUAUAUCACGUCUUUUGUCAGCUGCUAUACAAAAACAAACAUCUAUAUAUCAUGAUGGUGGUCUUUAUUUUAGUAUUAUAUUUUGUAGUUUAUUACUACAAUUUCGUGAUAUGUCAAUAAAUUCUCAUAAACAAAAUUCAUUAUUUGAAUAUUAUUUAAAUUUAAUUGAUGAAAUAAAUAUACCACAAGAAACAAUAACAUUUAAUUCAAUUCAUCAAUUAUUAGCUAUUGUUCGUGCUGUUAUAUGUAAACCAUUAGCUUAUAAUUAUUCAGAUUUAUUACGAGAAAAAUUAUGUCUUUUAUCAGUUAAAUCAUUUCUUGAAAAUAUAACAAUGAUUAAUUCAUCAACACAACAACUUAUUUUAACAAUUCAAGGUUUAUCUAUUGAUGAAUCAACUUUAUUCAAUGGUUUACUUUAUCAAAUAUCAUCAAGAAAAUCUUUUUUAUGUUCGAAAAAAAUACGUUCAUGUCUUUAUUUUACUAUAUCACUAGCUGGAGAUUAUACAAUUGAAAAUUUAGAUCACGUUGAAACAGAAAAACAAAUGUUUGAAUGGAUUCAAAAUACAGCUGAACAUAUAACAAAACAAAUUAUUGAAUUUACUUGUUUACAUAAUGGUGGAUUAAUUCUUUGUCAAAAAGUUAUUCAUCCAUCUGUUAAAAUGAAAUUAAAACAAUAUGGAAUUGAUACAAUUGAUCGACUUGGUCGACAAUAUACACCUUAUUUUUGUUAUUUAACUAAUUGUCAACCAAUUGAAACAUUAAUAUUCAAUACACUUGAUGAACGAUAUUUUGGAAUAGUAACUGAAAUAAAACAAAUCGAAAUAGAAAAUAAAAUUUUUCUUCAAUUUUUCAAUCAAACACGACCAUUUCAUACAUUAUUACUUUGUUCAAAUACGGAACAAUCUCUUCUAGAACUCAAAGAAUGUAUUACAACAAGUCAUCAUACACUUACAAAUAUUCUUUUAACUAAACAAGUAUUAUAUGGUGGUGGUUGUUCUGAAAGUAUGCAAAUUUUUUUUCUAAAAAAUCGAAUGAAUCAUUUAUCUAUACAUUACUUAUUAAAAAUAUUUCGAAAUAUUAUUCGUGCUCAAUAUGAUCAUAAUUAUAUUAUUGAUCGAAUUCAUGGUCAUCUUUGGUAUUUAUUAGAGAAUGAUGAAAUAAGUAAAACAUGUGCUUGUGAAUUAUAUUCAAUAACAGAUCAUCAUGUACAAAUAGAAUGGAGAAAACAUUUUUUCUAUCUUGAUGAUGAUAAUCAAGAAGAAAAUAAAAUUCAAGAUCAUAAUGAAUUUUUUAUUAGAAAUCUAUAUCCAAAAUAUUUAGAUAAUUUUCAUAUGAGAACAAAUGCUUUUAAAAUAGCUAUUGAAACGGCGAUUAAUUUACAUUUAACUAGUAUUUGUUUCUAA